AGAACCUUGGACAGCUCUAAGGGUAACGCACACUUGGGUGAGAGAUAUACGGUACAUAUAGAGAGAGAAAGAGAGAGAGAGAGAGCGCACAACAGAAGAUCAUCAGGGAGAUGGAGUGAGUAAGCAGUGAGGGUUGUGGAAAGCUGGAGGGAAGGAGAUCACAGAGGCUUAGCAAAAGACAGCAAAAAGAGAGAGGGGGGAAGUGAAAGAGAGAGAGAAAAGAAGACAGGACAGAUGCUACAGAUGGUCUCUUUGGCUUCUGCUCAUGACGCUUGAGCUGGGUUCAGCACUGCGUGUGUGUGUGACGCGCACGGGGGUGUGUGUAUAUGUGUGUAUGACGGCAGCCGCGGCAGCAGCAGGGGACGACGGAUCAAAGCCAUUGUAGGGCAUGAUGCAUUUACCAGCCUAACGUCGCCGUACGUACACCGUAGCCGGCUGAACGCGAACCCCACGCACACACAUACGCCACGCGUGUGUGGGGACAGCACCGAUGAGGUGCUGUGGAUUUUUCCAGAACGCCGUGUUGAGGGAGGGGACAGCCUUGGUGGCCGUAAACCAGCGAGAGCGGUUGUAGGUGGGAUAGGGUCGGACCGUCUCCGAUGACCGUUGGCUUCCUUUAAACAUCUGGAACACCAAAGAUGGAGAUCUUCCUUUAUCCCCUCACCCUACUCUUCUUCACGCCAGCGUGUGCGUCGCUGUCGCCGGGCUUGUCUGUCAGACGUGUGUGUGUGAGCCCCGUCGCAUCCGCAGAGGGAUUUGAGAACGUAUGGUACUGAACAGCUCACGCAGAACACACCUGGACAUCAGCUGUUCUAGGAGAACAGACACACGGAUACUUCUCUCUGCUGUACUAAAGGAUGGAUCCAGGAGAGGACGAGUGUACACGUUUCCUGCAGUAUGUGGAGGACAGCGGUCUAAGGGCUUAUGACGAGCUGGUCAUUCAAAACGCCUCUGACAUUGCACGAGAGAGCGACCGCGUCCGCAACCACACACAAUGGACAUACUUACAGGAGAAAAACCAGAAGAAAAGGCGACAGGAGGAAGCAAUCAAGAGGAUUGGCGAAGACGUGGCCCGUGUAACAUCAGAAGGAGGUUAUGCGGGUAAACACUUUCGAAUGGGCUUUAUGACAAUGCCGGCCCCUCAGGACCGCAUUUCUCCUUCCUGUGGGCCUGGCUUUACCGUACGCUCGCAGUCUCUGCACUCGGUGGGUGGGAGUGAGGACGAGGGAAGCCCCACGUCCCGAAAACAGCCCCCUCCUAAACCUAGACGAGAUCCCAAUACCAAACUCAGCACAUCAUCGGAGACCGUCAAUGCUGGGCUUAGCACUGGGAAGAGCGGGAAGGAUACGGAGAAAUGUGAUGCAUCUAAAUCCCGCCCAUGCAGCGAGGAAUAUCGUCGCAUGCCUCCGCCCAAACCCAAACGUAACCCUAACACACAGCUCAGCACAUCAUUUGACGAGUCUUACAUCCAAAACCACGGAAGCAAGGCCAAGUCGGCCUCUCUGCCGCGACGACAGAAAAAGAAAUCGGCAUCCCAGAAUCAAAGCCCCGCCCCAGACAGCGAUGAAGAGGCGGAGCCUGUUUAUAUAGAAAUGGUGGGGAAUAUUUUACGAGACUUUGGUCGAAUCGAUGGAGCCAACGGCGAUGAGGAGGACGAUCAGGGUGAAUGCGUAUACGAGGAAAUGAAAUACUCCGCCUACGAUGAUAUGGCAUCAUCUUUAGACCACACCCAGUCUCGCUGGGACCAGUGCCCGACUCCUUUAGUGCCAGAGGUAGAACUAACACGACCCACCACACCGCGCGGUUCACUCUGUGACAUUCCUGCGCCUUUCCCAAAUCUGCUCUCCCAUCGUCCACCACUGCUAGUAUUCCCACCCGCACCUGCCCAGUGUUCCCCUAACUCUGACGAAUCCCCUCUUACGCCACUAGAUGUCACCAAACUGCCUGUGCUAGAUAACACUGGGUAUGGCAAACCUGGAGCAUCCCCAACUACCGCUGAACCUGGACAGCAGCUGGACGCACAGCAGGUGUCUGGUAAACACCAUCACCACCACCACCAUCAUCAUAAAAAGUCAGCUGAGACUAAGGAGCAACAGACGAUCACAGCAUCGGGUCGGUCGUCUGCACCACCCCUGCCAUCUGCGCAGUACAAAAGCGGAGGUUCAUCCGCAGCGCACGGUUACCCGCGGAGCCACUCCGCCUGCCCGUCGCCUGUUAGCAUGGGCCGUGCGUUAACCCCGCUCACCUUGAAACGCCCCCCGCCGUACGAUGCUCUUAUGACCGGCACGAUUCCACGCAGUGCGUCUGGAGUUCCGCCUGGAAGCGGGCGGCUCUCGAACUCAUCCAGCACGCAUGGGGGUUCCAUGCAAAACGUUUCCACGGCAUCCUGUUCGGGAGGGUCCAGCUCAGGGUCGGGAGGUCGAGGCAGUCGUACGCCAACCAGUCCACUGGAUGAGCUUAGCAACCUGUUCACCUCUGGACGAAACAUGCUGAAGAAAGGAUCUGGAGGACGCAAAGGCAAAGAGGCAGCAGAUGGUGAAAGUAAAGGCAGAAGUGACAGUAGAGAAAGAGCUCUUCAUAGUUCUUCUCCAAAAUCACAAGAAUGGGAAACACCCACAGGACAAUCAGCCACACCCACCGCCACGCCCAGUCGGUUUGGCCGCUCUUCCAUCAGCCCGACCACUAUGCUUGGGGAAACAAAAGGCGGAUGUAAACUCGGUCGCUCUGCCUCCACAUCCGGAGUCCCCUCCCCUGUGGGAACGCCCCAAAGACACGCCCCUGACCCAUCUGGGAGCCCGUGCCAGAUGCCCCCAAUGCCAUGGGCAUGUGGGGACAGCACCAUGAUGGAGAUGAUCGAGAAGAAACGUCACCUGUGCAAGGAGAUAAAAGCCAGACAGAGACCUCCAGACAAAGCUUUGUGCAAGCAGGACAGCAUGCCCAUCCUCCCCAGUUGGAAGAAGACUAACGGGGGAAAGAAAUUCGGUCCCCCUCCAUAUUCCACCCAAACCACUGUAUUCUGGGACACUGCUAUAUAAUGAGUGACCAACCAUGGAGAUGCACAGACACGCCGGCCAGGGGGCGCGUCCAAACAGAGAUUGACGGAUAGCAGGAACAAAAAAAUAUGUGAAGGCUUAUCAAAUCUCCCUGGUUUCCUAUCGUUGUUUAUAUUUGAUAUUUUUAUAUUGGAAAUUACUGUCUUAAUAUUAAAUAUGCUUAGCGGUUUUAUAAAGAGGAAUGAUACGAAAACAGAUUGAAAAUAUUACACUUUUACCCAUUG